AUGAGUCAAUAUUUCUCACGAAGACCCAUGUGGAAGAUUUUUGCUUCUUAUCUCGCCUUCUCGUUCCAGAUUAUGAAUGACGCAACCAGUGAGAUACAGUGUAUUUUCAAUGGAUGUCAACUGCUAAUUCAAGACGAAAAGGUAAUGCAAUAUAUCCAAAGUGAAGCUGUUCGUAAUGCUUACCAUCGUCUCAAAAUCAAUAGCUUUGUGGAGGGGAACCGUUUGUUGAAAUGGUGCCCAGGUCUCGAUUGUGGAAAGGCGCUCAAGGUAGGGUACUCUGAGCCUCGACCUGUUGUAUGCUCUUGUUCGAUGCGGUUUUGCUUCGGUUGUGCCCAUGAAUGGCACGAGCCUGUCAAUUGUCGUCUCUUGAAGCUAUGGUUGAAGAAAUGCAGCGACGAUUCUGAAACGAGUAACUGGAUCAAUGCUAACACGAAAGAGUGCCCAAAGUGCCAGGUGACAAUUGAAAAAGAUGGGGGAUGCAACCACAUGGUUUGCAAAAACACUGCUUGUCGAAUGGAAUUUUGCUGGAUUUGUUUGGGUCCGUGGGAACCACACGGUAGCAGCUGGUACAACUGCAACAGGUAUGAUGAUUCACGUGCCAAACAAGCGCGUGACGCUCAAGAACUCUCUCGCGCUAAUCUUCAGCGUUAUCUUCAUUACUACAACCGUUUCAUGAACCAUCAGCAG